GAAGGCGCGUCGAACACCCAGGAACUUCCUUUUCCUUCACUAGGGCAACCACUGAUCAAUAUAAUGUCUGUGUGAUCUCAAACCCCUGCUAGCUCAAAAAAUAACAAGCGGGGAAUUUUGGCGAUAAAGAUUCCGAUAUGGAAAAAAAGUUUAAGCACCUGCAACCAAAAUACUCGAGUACAAUUGAAUUAUUUCAUCAAAAAUACAAACUACUACUUUGGUCGAUUACCUACAAACUUCGCAAUGCCGAAAAGUCUCAAGAAAACCUCAAAACAUAUCUCCAAGAAGAGAGGAGGAGAAGUCACAGCUUUACAUGAAAAUUCUCGGGAUUCUCGCAGUUUAAGAAGAGCAGGAGGACGAGAUGAUAAAUUGGAAAGAAUGGCAGCUGAGAGAAAGAGACAUAAUCGUCCUAUAUGUAUGCAUUUCAACAGUUCAAUAAUGUUACGAGCUUCAAUUGACAUAUGUGAUAGUGGAACGAGCUCUUUAUUUCCAAGAAGCCAUAAAAAAUAAUGGUGUGAAGCCACUCGAGCUCGAUGCGAUACAUAACCUCAUAAAAACGUAAUGGAUCCCCGAAGAACGAUAGCUUCAAUAUUAUAUCUAACUAUAUACCCAGUUUUGUUCACCAAAAUGAUGAAGAGCUUAAUGCUUUAAAGAAAGAGCGCCGUCCUGGUCGACCAGCGAGUACAAGAGAGGAUCUUCUGAAGAUCAAAAUAGCUGCGGAUGAGAAGGAAUAUGAAAAUGGAUUUUGUUCGUCAACACACUUCUGUGUGAUCUUUGAGCCUACAACUAACAAUAUGUAGACUUACCAGACCUCACCGAUUCAGAUAAUGUAAUGGCUUUUGCGUUAUGGGAGAACUUGACAUGGUCAUAUCUUAACACUUUGAAAUGGAUGCGCUUAUCGAGCAGUGGGCAUAUUCAGGAAACUAAAUUCCCACCUAAAGGAUCUUCAUGAUUGAGUCAAAGUAGAAUGGCGGCGUUAGUGGAGUUUGUAUCAAUACCCAAAAUUGCGGGAGCAAAUUGUGGAUGAUAUUGUUUUAUUUGUGCUAUGGGGGUUGUAUGUUUAGAUAAAGCCGAUAUAUUGAACAAAACUGCAUAGAGUGAAAUUAGAAUGAAUAACAAAACACAUUUCGAGUAUACUUGAGCA